UCUACCAAAUUGUAUUCUUUAAAUAGGACUGUAUUUACACGGAAGUAGUUCUCACAUGUACAUUUUCUUGUGAGCAUGUUCAUGUGCUCGUAGAAAUCAGAAGUCAUGGCAGAAAUAACAGAAAAGAAGCCGACCACUUGUUCGCAAGAUUUACUGUCAUGCGGUAAUGGAGAAGCCAUCCACGAAAAGCUCUUAUUGAAAAAACCCAACAAGCCAGCACCUCUUCAGACAACAAGAGUUCCGAGGAGUAGUGUUUUGGACAGGCUCCAGAGUUUCCUACCCCAGAUGGCCCAGGCCAACGAGUCUCUUAAGCAGCAAAUGGAGGCCGCUCCUGCUGAGCAGUUUGACAUCGAAAACACAGACGAUGCAGAGAAAGUUAUUGAGAUGGAUGUGGCACUUUUUGAAAUGAAUGGCUCGGAGGGCGACUCUGAAUCGUCAGAAGAUGACAGCUCUGAAGACCCGUCUGACAGUGAGGAAGAGGAGGAGGAGGAGGAGGAAGCAGAGAAGCUGAAACUACCUGGAGACUGUAAGAGGAAAAGAAGAGCCAACAUUGAAGUGCUUGCCGGAGAGGAUAUGUGAAGCUGGAUAAACAGUGCACUCGUUUCUUUACUAAAUAAUGUGACAUGGACAGAAGUUGCUGUCACGCCAAUGAAGCUGGACGUGUUUGUACCGGGUAUGCCCCUUGCCAGUUGUUUUUCAUCUGGGCUGUCACUGAUCGAGAAUGGAUUUGGCGAAAUCCUGGACUAAUUCAUGUGAAGAGGACUCAUUUUGUCGCGAAAUCCAAACCACAGUUUUGAUUAUCUUUUCAAGAUGAUGUCAUACUGUACUUGAACAAAGUGAUGGUUUCACCAUGAUUAAUACCAAAAGCUAGCAGCACAGUGUCCAUUGAUUGAAUGACCUGGUCAGAGGAUCAUCAAACAUUUUUUUUUACUGCAAGUCUAUUUUUAAAUGUCAGUACACAGUGUGUAUAGUAUAUGUAGUUGAGGAUAUUAUUUUGCAUAAACCUUAGCACCAGAAUGUGCCUUCAAAUCCUCUCAUUUAUUAUCAAGAAAAUUCAUAGGUAAUAUUUUUUUUCUUUCAUGGACAUAUUAUAACCUCCUUGUUUUAGUGCAUUAAAUGGCUAGCUGUGCUGGAGCACCAUAACAUAA